ACUGAGUAUACCCAAAUUCGCUGUCUGAGUGUAUGGGAAAGAUUGUUUGCUGUUUAAUGUUGGAAGUGCGCGUGGUGUGUGAGGAAAGAAAAAGAGAUGGCAGCCAGUCCAGAAACAAAUAAGUCUCUGAGAGAAGCCCUGUAUGAUACACUUAUGGGGAUACUUUCACCACACCAAGAAGUAAGAACUGCUGCAGAAGACAGGAUACAAGCCCUAGAAGUAACAGAAGAGUUUGGUGUUCACCUCACUGAAUUUAUUGUGGAAAAGAACCUUAAUAUAGCUAUAAGGCAGCUUUCUUCGGUAUUGCUCAAACAAUAUGUUGAAGAACAUUGGUGUCAUUUGUCAGAAAAAUUUCGUUGUCCAGAAACUCCAGAGAAAGCAAAAGCUGUUAUUAGACAUGCACUUCCUGAAGGCCUUAAGGAGCCUUGCAGCAAGGUUCAUGGUGCUGUUGCAUAUGCUGUUGCUGCCAUAGCACAGUGGGACUGGCCAGAGAAGUGGCCGGAACUUUUUGAGUUGCUCAUAAGUUAUUUGUCAGGAGAUGAUUGGGCAGUACAUGGCGCUAUGAAAGUGCUAAAUGAAUUUGCAAAUGACCUGUCAGAUAGCCAAUUACCCCAAAUUGCUCCUAUAAUGUUGUCUGAAAUGUACCGCAUUUUUUCAGAUGAACAGAGGUACAACACUAGAACCAGGUCAAGAGCAGUUCGCAUAUUUUCAAACUGCACAUACAUGAUAUGUGCCACAUCAGAAUAUCAUAAAGGAUUGUCAAAAUCACUUUUACAGCCUGUACUACCACUCUAUAUCAACAAAUUCACAGAAACCCUCCAGACUGACUAUGGGCCUUUUGUAGAUCCCGGACUGAAAGCAGAUGUGAUUAAAGCAAUUACCUUCCUUGUGCAGCAUCUGCCUAAGCAGAUGGCUCCUUGUAUGCCACAGAUUCUUCCUCCCAUAUGGCAGACACUCAUUCAGGCUGCUGAUGUGUAUAAAAGCGAUUACGUCACCUGUUCGGAUUUCAAGGAAGAACCAGUUGACUCUGAUGGAGAAUGCAUAGGAUUUGAUGCAGUUAUAUUUUCCACAUUUGAGCUAAUUGAUAUGCUCACUGAUAUUUCGAUGUUCACUGACACUGUAAAGGCAGCUCUUGCAGAUUUAAUUUACUAUUUGAUACUCUUUACACAAAUAACUGAUGAGCAGGCAAAGAGAUGGACUGAAAAGCCAGAGCGAUAUAUCGAUGAAGAGGAUGAGCACACUUACACAUUCUCUGUGCGGAUAUUAGCUAAGGAUCUGCUACGGUCAAUAUUUGAAGAAUUUGAAGCCAAAAGUAUUGGAGCACUGAGUCAUGCUAUGACCAAACAUUUACAAGCAUUGGAGACUGAAAGAAAUACGGACAGUUCCAGCUGGUGGAAAAGCCAUGAGGCUUGCAUGUGUGCAUUGGAAGUAGCUCAUGAAACGGUCAUGGAGCAACUGGAACAUGGUGAAGAGUUGCAUUUUGACUUCAGUGGGUUCUUACAAAAUGUUGUUGUUGCUGAUAUGAAUCAAACUGGUUCUCCAUACCUGCUGGGGCGGUGCCUGUGUGUUGGAAGUUCGUAUGCCAAAUUGAUGUCACCAACUCUGCUUGAGCAGUUCUUACAAGCUACUGUCAAUGGUUUACAGGCUAACCAGGCACAUCAAAUAAGAAUAUCUGCUGUCAGGGCAGUAUACGGGUUCUGCACACAUCUGAAGAAUUCGCAGAAUAUUAAUUGUCUUAAAGCAGUCUUGCCUGCAGUUAUGGAUGGGCUUUUGGUAAUGGUGAACCAGUAUACAACUGAAUUCCUGUGUUUGGUAUUGGAAACAAUUUCAACAGUUCUCUCAAUUGAUCCAGCGUUUACUGUGUCAUGUUGUGGAAAAAUUAUUUCACUGGCUAUAGCAGUUUUCCUGAAAUACAAUUCUGAUCAUUCAAUAGUUAAUGUGGCUUUAGAUAUAUUCAGGGAACUUUCAAUGAGUCCAGAUAGCUUGGUGAAAUUGGAACAAAGAUUUGUGCCUACAUUAGUCAGCAUUUUGAAUGCACCACAGGAGAAGAUAGUUGCAGGACUUGCAGCAAAUGCUUUGGAUGCAUUGCAGACUAUUGUAAGGAACUCAAAGCCACCAUUAAGUGAUGCAUUAAUAAACACAGCUUUUCCUGCUGCUGCACAGUGCAUCUUAAAAACCAGUGAUCAUUCAAUAAUGCAGAAUGGAGGAGAAUGUUUGAGGGCAUAUGUAUCUGUCUCUCCUGAUCAAGUCUUCAAUUACCAAGAUGCAGAUGGGCAAACUGGAUUGGGUUACCUUCUACAGACAGCAGCUGUUUUGUUGAAUCCUGCUUCUACAGAGUUCACAGCAACAUCUGUUGGAAAGUUUGUUGUGACUCUAAUAUCAAAAGCAGGAAAUAUUCUGGGUGAAAACCUAGAUUUGAUUUUGAAGGCUGUCCUAAGUAAAAUGCAGAGAGCAGAAUCAAUAACAGUUAUACAGAGCCUCAUUAUGGUAUAUGCACAACUCAUCCAUCAUCAGUUGGAACCAGUGUUAAAUUUUUUAUCAUCUGUUCCUGGACCAACUGGACAAUCUGCAUUACAUUAUGUGCUGGAAGAAUGGAGUUACCGCCACAGUUACUUCUGUGGGGACUAUGAGGUGAAAGUGAGUGCACUAGCCCUUUGCAAAAUCUUGGAAUAUGGAGUGUCCCACAAUGAUGAUCGGCUUAACUCUAUAAUUGUGAAAGGUGAUCAGAUAUAUGUACAAAAUGAUUCGGGUGGUGUGAAAACAAGGUCACAAGCGCAGAACAAUUUCAAUGAAUGGACAUCUGUACCAUUGCUUGUAAAGAUUUUUAAGAUUUUGUUGAAUGAAGUGAGCAAUGUAAUGGAGAGCAAAGCUGCAAGGACAGAAAUUGAUGAUGAGACUGAUGAAGAAUGGGAAGAUGACAGUGGAUUCGAGCAAGGAGGCAGUGAAGACAAACAGUCUCAAUCAUUUGAGGAUUCUUCUCCGGAUGGACCAGAAGAUUCAGAUUGUGAUGAUCCUGAUAUACUGAAUGACCCACUAUAUCGUGUGGAUUUAACAAGACAUCUCACAGGCAUCUUAAUUUCCCUUGGACAUCAACCUUACUUCCAUGUAUUUUCACAACACCUGAAUGAAAAUGAGCUAAAAAUUCUGAAGAGUGUCAGUACAUCGCCUUAAUAUACCACAAUCACAGUAGAAAUGUGCAUCAUUUUGCAUAUAUUGAGUGCCUCGGAGUUGCUAGUAUAUUACUAGUCACUUGCAUUAUCUGACAUAAUUGGAAAACAUUUUUGAAAUGAAUUUAAUCUUUUGUAAAACAUUUGUAUAAGUAGUGUUUUGUAUAAGUUUUUAUGACAAUUGUAUUUGUCUGUUGUUAAGGUGAAAAUGUGGAUUUUUGUAUGAUUGCAUGCUGGUUGUUAAGGCACUGGUGAGUUCUUUAAAUUGUAAAUUAUGUCUAAGGCAAGCAAUGCUGAAUAUUGAAUGUUGGAUUAAAUGGAGACUGCUUUGAAGUGAGAAAUAAUUGCUAGUAUAGGACUGGUGCCUUGAAUAGGGUGUUGUCCUGACAUCAAAAGUGAUAAUAUUGAGGCCUUUUCAUCUGUUAUGUGAAAACUACAGUAUUAAAUCAACUUGAAAGAUGCUGCAGUUAUCAAUCACUUUACAUGUUAAUGUAACCAUCACAACUUUAGUUUUGUAUGGUUGUUCUAAAUGCCUCAAUCUCUGUACUGGGGUGGUUCCUGAGCACAAGGCUGAAUUGACUUUGUGUAACUGUUCUUAGGUGUAAUUAUUUCAUUGUUGACAAUACCUUAACAUAAGUGUGUGUGUGUGUGUGUGUGUGUGUGUGUGUGUGUGUGUGUGUGUGUGUGUGUGUGUGUUUUGCUUGUUUCUGUUUUUAUGAACUAAAUUUAUCCCAGUCUAUAGAAUCAAGUAGAAAGGAGAGAUUAAAUGUGAAAGAGUUCAGAAUAAAGUAGUGGAGGGAGGGAGUGGUUUUGUCUUCCCAGUUCAUAAAUGCUGAGCAUUUAUAAUUUACCUCAAUUUUAUGCCAUUACUUUCCUUCCUUUUUUGUUUUGUAUCAUGUGCAUGAAAUCAUUACAAUUAGUGAAUGUUCCAUGCAGUAAGCAGUUAAACAGUAUGUUCGUUAGAGGCUCUUAAUCUUACUGUAUAAUCUCCCUUUGGUUUGCAACAUGUGGAACGUUACAGGAAAUGUAAUCCUAUGAUUGGUUUUCAGGAUUUGCUUUUAUAUGCAAUUAAAGUGGUACCAGAUUUUAGGGUGACCAUUUUGUGUGGUAUCAGAACAGCCUCUUUUUGACGCUGAAUGUUUACAAUCCGUAAAUUGUAAGAGGUAGUAAGCUUUAACAAAUGCAAUAGUGGAAUGACAUAAAAUUGUACAAUCUGAAGUUUACUAAUGUUAGUUUGAAAAUCAGUGAAAAUGUAACCUUCAGCUCAUGCUGAAGGUAAGUUUAAAUGAAGCUAUUUAUAACCAAUAUUAGGAUGUCAUCUUCUGCAAAGUUAUAGAAUAAUCAAAAAUUUUUUAAAAAAAUCUCAACUCCUGUAUGCCACAUUUGGUGCUAAUCUUAAUAAUCUCGUGUCCUCAUUUUGUUUUGCAUGACUGAAUGUGGACUACUAUUAUAAAGUUCUGCCGUGAUUGGUCUGAUGUUUUCCCAUCUUUUCAGACUUCUUUAAAUCAUCCCAGAUGGGUGUGAUCAUCAUCAUGGCAGCUUACAACAAUUAACACAUUUCCUGAUCGUUAUCAAAUGUGAGUGGUUGUAUCACUUGUUGUCUUUGGCAGUGCAUCAUAAACCAAAGAAAGAAAAGCUGAUUUUUUAAAAAUAUUUGGUAACUUCUGCAUAAAAUUAAACAUUUCUUUGGCUCUGUAAUAGCCAGACUACAAAUCCAAAGGUCUGGUGUUAGAUCCUAGAAUUUUUUUCUGUUAUUUAAUGCUUCUUUCAUAUCUGGCAAUAAGUUGUAAGUUUCCAGUUGCCAGGCUGCACUGGGGCUCAUAGCUCCUUGAAUUUGUAAUGCUUCCUACCUCCCCACAACUGGCUGGGUGAGUUGGUUAAAAGGUCAGAGGAAGGCAAGGGCAUUCUACACUGAAUAAGACUGUGCCUAAGUAAAGUGCUGUCAUGUUCAAACCUAGUAAAGAUACUGAUUAUGCCCUUGCUGCUGGACUUCACUAAGUUCGUGGGCCUCGGGCAAAGCAGUAUCGAACAAACACGAUGACACUAUUUGGUUUUCAUGUGUCUCAACUGAUUAGCUCAUAAUUUGACUAUAAAUGUGCCCUUACCUCUUUUAUUUUCAAUCUGACAAAUACAGGGAAAUAGCAAAAAGCAAAGUCCGUGAUAGAGAGGAAAGACCCGUGCAAUUUGGUUUUGCAAUAAAAUAAUUCUCAAUACUUCUGAGCACUACCUGAUAUUUUUUACGUGGUUUGCUCAAUGUUUCUAAUAUUUUUGAGUUAGGAAGAGGAUCGUUAAACUUUUGAACCAAGUGCUACGGCCAAAUAUCAUUUGAAAACCAGACUUCAGGGUUAUAAUGUUACUGUUGUACCAUUCUUGGCCCACUUUGUAGAGAAACUUACGAAUAAUUUAUCAUUGUGGUUCUAUUAUUUUAAUGAUCAUUUAAUAAAGAGGUAUAAUCUGAUGUGAUAUUAGAUUAGUUGACUUCAGAUUUAUGGUAUUACACAUUUCUGUUGUCAAAGACCAUUAACUAUGUUUGAUGUGCAGCCAAGAAAAGCAAUACUUAAAACUUACUUUAAAUGGUAUACUGGUAUGUAAAAAAUCCUUCAGAGAAGGAAUUAGGGCACAGUGUCCUUUAUAUUUAUCAGAAUACUGGUUGGAUUUUUGUUAAGUUCCUGAAGCCUUCUAAUGAAGAAAUCUCUUUGCAAUCUGUUAAGUGUUUAAAAAUGAUAAUGCAGACAUAUUAUAUAUUGUAAUCAGAUUUUUGUGAGAGUAAAUCGAAGAAUAAUUUAGUCUAUAGGAAAAUGUGAGUCAUCGAAAAGCCAGAGCAGUUUAUAAGAGAUUUAACAAAUAUUUUUUUAGAAUAUAUAUAUAUACAUAUAUAUAUACACACAUAUAUGUAAUACAGUGACUUUAAAAAGACUAUAUUCACUUCUGUCUUGCUUUAAUAUUCAGUUUCAUAAAGUAAAAAUAAAGUUUAUUAACUUUUUAAA